CAAUUGCCGUUAUCAGUAAUGCAAACAUUUGAAGUUCUACAUACAUUGUAUGAAAAAUCUAGUUGGGCAUAGAAAGUAUGCAGCUCGAUAUAUUUUCGUGGUCAAUAUUUAACAUUAAUUCGUGAUAGGUUUCUAUUUUUGUUCUCUCGUAGGGAAAGCUCAAGAGAUUUCGUAGGAUUUUGUUUUGCUUUAGAAAAUCUGCAACUUCAGUUUUAGGGCAAUCCUUUCACUCCUAGUGUGUUGUACCCAAGCUUAUUAUUUAUGCAAUGAGUAAAAACUUAAUAAGAUUUAUCUGAAGUGGUAAAAAUAACACAGGAUGAACAUCACGGAAGUGGAAGAACACAUCACCUUAAAAUAUGAGAUCAAAAGAAGACUUGGGAAAGGGGCAUAUGGAAUUGUCUGGAAGGCUGUGGACCGAAAAACUGGAGAGAUUGUUGCUGUGAAGAAAAUCUUUGAUGCAUUUAGAAAUCGAACAGAUGCUCAGAGAACAUUCAGAGAAAUUAUGUUCCUUCAGGAGUUUGGGGAACAUCCUAACAUCAUCAAAUUACUGAAUGUCAUCAGAGCCCAAAACGACAAAGAUAUUUACCUUGUGUUUGAAUACAUGGACACAGAUCUACAUGGAGUAAUAAAGAAAGGAAGUAUAUUGAAGGACAUUCAUAAGAGGUAUAUAAUGUACCAACUUCUUAAAGCAACAAAAUACCUUCAUUCGGGCAACGUCAUACAUAGAGACCAAAAGCCAUCCAACAUAUUACUAGACUCUGACUGCUUUGUAAAGCUGUGUGACUUUGGCUUGGCAAGGUCCCUCUACCAGAUCCAAGAAGAUGCUGUGAACCCUGCAUUGACAGAGUAUGUAGCAACACGAUGGUAUAGAGCACCUGAAAUCCUUCUGGGAUCCACUAGGUAUACGAAAGGUGUGGACAUGUGGAGCAUAGGCUGCAUCCUGGGAGAGAUGCUUCUGGGCAAACCGCUCUUCCCCGGGACUUCAACAAUUAAUCAGAUUGAAAAAAUCAUAUUUGCCAUUCCACAACCAUCUACAGAGGAUGUUUUGGCAAUCAAAUCAGAAUAUGGGGCUUCUGUGAUUCAGAGGAUGCUGCUCAGACCACAGGUGCCAUUCAGUGAAAUGCUGCAGCCAUCAGUACCACCUGAUGCUCUUGAUUUAGUGCAGCGGCUGCUGGUUUUUAAUCCAGACAAAAGACUCAGUGCCGAUGAAGCUCUGCAGCACCCUUAUGUGUCAAAAUUUCACAACCCAGCCAGAGAACCUAGUUUGGACUAUGAUGUCAUUUUGCCAGUCGAUGAUGACAUCCAACUCUCUGUAACUCAGUACAGAAACAAACUAUAUGAGAUGAUCCUGGAGAAAAGGGUUAGUCGGCAAAUCCAUAAACAACCUCAUUUCAAACAAAAGACAAAAGAAGUUAGUGAAGAUAGUGAAAUGGAAAAAAGCAAUGAAACCGGUGCUGGUGUUCACAGAGAAGGUAAACGUGGUGAAGAUGAACAUCACGAAAGGAAAUCUCCAAAAGAUAAGAAGAGCCAUAAUGAAACUGGAUCACUUGUUGCAAAACCUCCCAAUAGGCCUGAGCAAAUAAACUCAUCAGCUGAAAACAGCGGUCCAGCAGUGAGCCCCAGUGCGGUCAAAACCUCCUAUAAUCCCAUUACACACGCGCCUAAUGGUUUAGUCAAACCGCCCCACCAUCUUACAGGACUAGCUCAUCUUAACCGUAUCAUGAAGAGAAAUCCAGAAAUUGGUAGUGCACUACCUACAGGUGGUGCUAAUGGCUUUGUGGGUGGAGAACAACGAGGACGGUCUGCCCCUGUGGCGCGCACAAGCUCUUUCUCUCUCACCUUAGCACAACCUCAAAAUAAUCCCCUGCUUCACAAAGACGAGCCCACAGUUUCCUCUGGCCUUUGUGUCACCUCCGCUCGUCUGAACCAAAGGUCCAAUUCACAGUCACGUGAAGCCAAGCAACCUCCUAGGUUUAGCAAGAAGGUGUUCCAGAGUAAUUCAAAUGUUUCUGCUACUGGAGAUCCUCGUGCCAAACUAGGCAGUUACUCUCAGGCGUAUGGGACUAUCAGCAAGACCGGACUGGACAGUCUCCUUAAGAAUUGCCACUAGUUAUAAAAUGUGUGAUUAGUAAAGGAGAAUCCGUGAAGCAGGCAUGAUUCUAUCUACAUUAAACAUACAGUCAUCACAUGCUGUGAAGUCUAUUGCCUUUGUGAAAAUCCUGCUGCCAAUGGCAUGGUUGUAAACUGUUUUGAUUUUGGUGUCAGCUGCGUAUCUGUACUGUAAAUAGGUGGUGACGACAUUUAUUAAAUUUGCAUGGAGAGAAUAUA